AGCCGGCAGCUCCUCCCUCAGCUCGCCGCGCCGCGCCUGUGGCAGGCGGGCAGCAUGGCGGCCGUGGAGAGCCGCGUCUGCGAGACGGCGGGCUGCAGCAGCGAGGCCAAGCUGCAGUGCCCUACCUGCCUCAAGCUGGGCAUCCAGGGCUCCUACUUCUGUUCUCAGGAAUGCUUUAAGGGAAGCUGGGCUACUCACAAGUUAUUACACAAGAAAGCAAAAGAUGAAAAAGCUAAACAUGAAGUUUCCUCUUGGACCCUGGAGGGUGACGUUAACACAAAUCCCUGGUCUGGUUAUCGAUAUACUGGGAAACUCAGGCCACAUUAUCCCCUGACACCAACGAGACCUGUGCCAAGUUAUAUUCAGAGACCAGAUUAUGCUGAUCAUCCACUAGGAAUGUCUGAAUCAGAACAGGCUUUGAAAGGGACCUCUCAAAUAAAAAUACUCUCACCUGAGGAUAUAGAAGGGAUGCGAGUAGUGUGUAGGCUUGCUAGAGAAGUAUUGGAUGUCGCUGCCAUGAUGGUGAAAGCAGGUGUGACUACUGAAGAAAUUGAUCAUGCUGUCCAUUUAGCUUGUAUUGCAAGGAAUUGCUAUCCUUCCCCUCUGAAUUAUUAUAAUUUCCCUAAGUCAUGUUGUACAUCAGUGAAUGAAGUGAUCUGCCAUGGAAUUCCUGAUAGGAGGCCAUUACAGGAGGGGGAUAUUGUUAAUGUGGAUAUUACUGUCUAUCGUAAUGGCUACCAUGGAGAUCUGAACGAGACGUUUUACGUUGGAGAAGUUGAUGAGGGUGCAAAGAGGCUUGUCCAAACAACGUAUGAGUGCCUAAUGCAAGCCAUCGAUGCAGUAAAACCUGGUGUUAGGUAUAGAGAACUGGGAAACAUUAUUCAGAAACACGCUCAAGCAAAUGGAUUCUCGGUCGUUCGGAGCUACUGUGGGCAUGGAAUCCAUAAACUUUUCCAUACAGCCCCUAAUGUGCCACACUAUGCCAAAAAUAAGGCGGUUGGAGUCAUGAAGCCAGGUCAUGUAUUUACAAUCGAACCAAUGAUCUGUGAAGGUGGUUGGCAAGAUGAAACAUGGCCCGAUGGUUGGACUGCAGUAACAAGAGAUGGAAAGCGAUCUGCCCAGUUUGAACACACUCUUCUGGUCACCGAUACAGGCUGUGAGAUCCUCACUCGGCGGCUGGAUAGUAUUCGUCCCCAUUUCAUGUCCCAGUGAUAGUCUAGACUGAGCAAGUGGAUCUGAACGAUACAUUUUUUCUUUUUUUUUUUUGUCUCUGUUCUAUGCAUUUUUUAAGAGUACAGAAUAGAGAGGAAUUUCA